GUUUCAUUUUAAUUGGUAUAUCAGCAUCCAUAAAUUCUUAAUCGCCACACUUGAUAUAUCAAAUAUACAUCGAAAUCAAACAAACAAACACUGACUCUGCUGAUUCACACUCGUAAGCUAAGGUAUGUUUUGAUGACUUAUUCAAUGUCAAAAAGAGUACUUGAUUAGCAUAUCCCGCUAUUGUAAAUGAUUCUCUACGUUGAUUGCAGCACUACAAGAAUGAAUCCAAAGGGACUGCUGAUGAUUCCACUGCUCCUGUGUGUCGUGAUAUUUACGGACGCUGACUCCCGGAAACCGAAGGUCUUUCUCCAUGACUAUACCAGCUACAAAAACAUAUGUCGUGAAAUGGAUUGGGUGCCGAAAUGCAACAAACAGCCGCUUAAAGGUUGUUUCGGAAAGGUUGUUGCAUUCCAUGCUCAUCUCUCUAAAAGUUUGCUGAAUGCACCAGUAAAUACGAUAAUAAAACUUACCAAUGUCCAAACAAACGAAGGAGGAGGAUACAAUCCAACAACAGGUAAAUUCACCGCUCCUACAGACGGCGUCUACUCGUUUUACUGGACCUACUGCACAAACAAAGGAUCCACCGUCUACGUUGGUGGAUAUGUGGAUGGUAAACUGACUACACGGGUUCUUACUCACGGUCAGGCAAAUGCAUGGCAGAACACAUCUGGACAAGUCGUUAUCAAACUAAACAAAGGGAGUCAAUUCUGGAUUCAAACUUUCUUUGGAACUGCUCAAUUUAUUCAUGAUAGUUACACUUUCCUUUCAGGCUACAAAUUGUCUGGUUGUUAAACUUCUCGAUAUUAAACCACACUGC